AUGGCAACUGCCUCGAUCAGCCGCAAACCAUGGAAGAAAAAUUUAUACGAAAACGCCGAUUACGCGGACAAUUAUACGGAUCCAUCCUUCCUGAAGGAUAUGCAAACGAACCGGAAUCUGAAAACAUACACACCCAUGGAAGCAUUCGCCAGUGCUACCAGACUCAGCCAGCAGAUCUCGGUCGUGACGAUAUUUUUGGUAAUUUUCCACCAUCUGUACCUGGAACGUAUCGGUGCAAAGGUGCUCUUUGCACAAUCGGCUGUCGGAACUAUCCUGGGAUACUUCGUCUACGCUGGACGUGAGAUACAGCUGGCAAAGUUUGUGGAAGACUCGAAAACAGCAGUAGCAGUACUCGUGUUUGGAUUCAUCUUUUCACCACUGCUCCAUACGCUCACCAACAGCAUCAGCACGGACACAAUCUUUUCGAUGACUUUCUUCGUACUGGUGCUACAUUUAAUCUUCUUCGACUACGGUGUAUCGGCGGCAUUCGUUUCUAAGGCAAUCUCGCUAAACGCUGCCAUUUUCGGCUCUAUAUGUCUAGCUUCACGGCUAUCCUCCGCACUGCACGCGUUCGUUCUGCUCGAAGUGGCGGCCGUAUUUUUCGCGUUGGGUCCAUUUUUGGUGCAGAAAUUGUAUAGCGUGCAAUUCCUGGUGCUUUCUAUAGCAGUAUGCUGCUAUUUCCUACAAUCUAUCUCCCAUAUUAUACUGUACACGUACAUUAGUACGCUGGCGUUUGUGAAUCUGUUCUGUCCGUGGCUCUUUGUGCGGUUACAAAGGUACAAAAACAACAUUAAUGGUCCAUGGGAUGAAGCCAUAGUUGUAGAGGAAUCCGCAUCUUAG